UUCUCCCUAUCAUGAAACAUUUCUUAUACUAAAAGUGUGAUAAAAACAUUCCUUAGAGAGAAAAGACAAUACUAUACAUUAAUGAAAUAGAGUUCUAACAGGCAGUAACAAAUAAAGAUGAUUGUUCUGGCAUUUUAUAUUAUGCAUCCUUUGGUAGUGAUUCUCUUGGCUCACCAUAUCUGAUGCAUACCCAGGUUGGUCCCCAGCUUCACAUAACCAGAUCUAAAACUGAUUUUCCUGUUUUAAAAAUGGUAGACCCCAGGUCAAAAUAGGAUUAUGCCAGAAUGGUUGAAAACAAAUCCUUAUUGAUGAGUCUCUCUGUUAGCCCUCCUACUUACUGCCAUUAAUAAUUUUUCACCCCAAAGAAUUGGAUAAUUCUAUCACUUAUUAUACAAGUAAGGUGAUGGGCAAAACCAAUUAAUUAUUGCCUAAUUAAAUUAAAUAGUAAAUUCUAUGCUCAAUUUUUGACCAUAAACUUUUAUGGACUGCUUGUAUUCGGAGAAUAUCUUGGUCCCUGAACCAGCAUGCUUUGGACCAGGAUAUUCCACCAUGGAUCAGUGUGCAAUUCUGCACCAUUUAGCUGCAAAGUAUUCCUAGCCUAAUGUUGCUCUCAUUUAGGUCCUUGAGAAGAGUCUAUGAGGAAAUUACCUGCAGCAAGCAUCCAUUGAUCAUCACUUGUCAAAUUUUGCUACAUCAAAAUGCAACAUGGGUUAGAGGCAAUUGUAAUGGCAAUUUAACAACUCUGUCCACAGACAGGUCGAACAGUGUGAUAACCUUGACACUUUAUUGUUUAACCUCUGCAUAAAUGACAUUGAUGUAGCUCUUUUUAUACUAGUAGUUCCACUACUCCCAACACUUGCCCAUUAACCUAUUUCAAUUCUCUUGUACAUAGGAGAUGCAUCCAUAUUAUCAGUAAUUUGAAAGGAUCUUCAGAGGUGCCUAGCUGCUAUAAUGACCUGUCCUAGGAAAUUUCUUGAUAUCAACUAUUAUACUCUCAAGUUUAGAUAUCUUUAGAAUACACCUUAAGUCCCUUGUUAAAUGGAAAAUUAACUAAUUGAUUAGGUCAAGAUUGGACAGGAGAAAUAAGAGGCAGUUGAGGAUGUUUUAUUAUAAUAUCAGUUUUAUAGUCCUGCAUGCUGGCUUAAUUCUCCUGUGCUACAUUUUCUACUAGGUAGACAAGAUAAGCAUUUCAUAUCUGAGCUCUGGUACCAAUGUUACUCAAUAGCUACAUUUUGUUCUAUUAAAUACAGUAUGAAAAUCUGCUUUGGGCUGAACUCAAUAAACUGGGGUUGUCACCAAAUCUAUACAGGGUUAUACAAAUCUAACCUUUGAUUAACAAGGGCAAUUCUGGCACUCUGGUUGCUAUGGAUAAGGAAAUCAUUGCAGUCAUCAAGCAAGGAUAUCACAUGAUUGCCAUUUGCAAUCUUCUGCCAUGUUCUCCAUUGACUUUGUUGGAAAUCAGCAAAUAAGGUGCCAGUGGUGGCCGCCUGAGGGCGGGAUGCUAAAAUGGUAGAAAUUCCAGGACUAGGCAAAAGUACCACUGUUCAAAUGGUUGCUAAAUGAGUGAUUGUUAAGCAGGAAGCACCUUAAACAUCCAUUAGAUUGUCAAUUAUGCCACUUUGUUCCAUUUGUAACAAAUACAGCUUGGUUCCUCAAGCUAUAAACUCAGGGUGACAUUUCAUUUUAGUUUUACAAAAAUAUUAACAAUUUUGAUUUGAUUUCAGGCUUAGCUGGUUGGUAUAUUUUAGAUAGUUUAUAUGGCUCUUACCUCCUAUUUUUAUAUUGUAUUAUAUAAUUUAUUUGCUAUGUUAUCUCAUGGUUUUGAAUUUCUGUUUGUUACAUUGAUUGGUCAUUUAAUAAUACUAGCAGUCUUAAUAUAAAUUCCUUGAAGAAUUGAGAGUGUCUUGAAAAGUUUAAGUAUCCCAUAUAAAUUGGGAUAAUGUCUUUAUUUUUCAUAUAACAUCAUACGUCUUGUUUUUAUUGUUGUAAUAACUUUAUAGUCCACUCAAAAAAGUUGCGGUCAAAACUGUUUGUGAAAAGAUGAAUCUGGCUUUGUAUUUCCAAGGUCUCAGCCAAUUCAGAUGUGAUACCAAGCACCUUCUUUUGCCGAUUUUCACAUAAACUGCUGUCACUUUUAAAGAGUCAGCCGGAAUGACCCAAGCGGUCAAAACCCAAUCUUCAAAAAUGGGUUCUCAUCUUUUAAAAUAGUGCGGUAAUGUUUUAAAAUAGUUCCUCCACCCAGUUUUCUGUCUUAAGACCAUAAGCCUGGAUAUUUCAGUGUAAAAGUGUGCCCCUAUGAAUUGGGGGCAGGGACAAUUAAUGGGAAACAUUUCCUGUGAAAUAUUAACGGUAGAGAACUCUCAUUCUUUGCUUCACUGUGUGGCAUGUUUAUCUUUCACAACUCUUGAUGGCCUUGGCUGGAGAAGCCUGAUGGCUCCUGUGAUCUAAUCCCAUUCAGUAUCGUUGCAAUUUUCAGCCUAGAGGUACUUUCAGCAACGCAAUAAAAUUAUUUUAAGAAAUAUUUGGUGGUGAUAGUAGUGCUAGGUUACACUGACAUUGGCAAGAAAAUGUAACAGAAGACGCUACUUUUGUUUUUAAAACAAGUUUAAAAACUUUUUUAAAAAAUUGUAAUAAUAAAAAUUUUACCAAACUUUUCUAAAAUGUUUUCUGCUUGAAUGUGAUUUUUUUUAAAAAUUAAAUCAGAAUCUUUUUUAAUUAUGCAUUUUACUGAUAUAAAAGUAUUGUACCGUGUUUCCUGCAAUGACCUCUCCUUUUUUUGCUAAGACAAAUGCAUCCGAAAGAAGGUGAUAGAAAUGUCUUGACUUCCUUUCCUUGGUUUUUCAUAUUUUUAGAGCAAUGUUUCUCAAUCCCGGCAAAUUUUAAGUCAUGUAAAUUUCAACUCCACGGCUGCAUGACUGAGGAAUUCUGGGAAUUGAAGCCCACAUGGCUUACAGCUGCUGAGGUUGAGAAACACUAUUUGAGAGCAAACAGAUAGUGAAUAUUCAUGUUAGAUAUAGUAACAAGGGGAAUCAAAGCAAUGUUAAUAAUUGCACAGAAUCCUCUUGCAUAGAAAAGCAACUAAAUCGAAAGGGCGAGCCGAAGCGACUGGACUGCACUGUUAAGAUAACCUGCGGAUUCUAGGCGCCCUCCCACGGCACAAAAAGGAAGUGCAAAGAAAGAGAAACAAACGGCAGUGUUGUCGUGGCGACGGGAACAAAGAAGAACGCAAGGUGCGCUCCCGAGCACCCGCUUUUCUACAACUGCAAGCUGCUGCGUGAGCUAGGAGAAGCAGGGCUAUUCAUAUCGCGCAGGAUGGUCCAGCAACGAUCGGCUAGUCCCCAUGGGUUUCAUUCAAAUGAAUGGUUACAAGACCUUGCAAAACCAAAGCCAACCAAAGACGUAUGGAAUUAUCAUCGCAAGUUAAUCUGGGGAAAUCAAGAUCCAAUAUGGCCUGUCUCUCCAAACACUUUGCUGAGGCAGCCCAGUGCAAGAAUCCUGAGUCUAGCAAGGCCAAGGGAAGUGGUUGAACAACCAAAGAGUCGAUCCCUCUUCUGGUACAGCUGUGGACAAAUGUCAGAGAUUUGGAAACGUUCUUCAGCAGUGUAUUCUGCAUUGCCAUCGAAGCGAUUGCUGAAGCUAGCAGAACCCAGGCCAAUUUCUGCAACUUAUCUGAAACUAAGGCCACGAAUUUCCCCUGUGUGGCCUAUCAGCUCCUCCACACUUAGUUGCAAAGCUUCCCAUCGGAUUCUAAUCCUUGCUCAAGCAAGAGGUAUCCAUCCAAACUUUAAAUUUCCAGAACAGACUGAAAGAGAGAUUUCAAAGGCUGCAAGAAGAGCUGAGGCUACCCCAAGAUUACAACAACUUGCCCAUCCAGUAGUUAGGAAACAAAGGCAGUUUUAUGAAAAUACAUGCAUGGAGGCCCCAAUCCGCCAAAUACCUCUGACUACUCUGCAAGCAGUCCCAAGUCCAAGGCUACUUGAACUAGCUAGACCAAAAACAAUCCCUUCUGAGAGUGCCAUAGAUCGUUCCCCUGAGUGGCCUGUGUCAGCAGCAGCCAAGCAGGCAGUGGCCUCUCCUCGACUCAUGGAGCUCUCGCACCCUGCCAACAGGGCCCCAACCAAUCUUGUGCAGUUUAAUCCAGAUGCCUUUAUUGUAAAGGAGUCUGCUAAGAGAGCAUUUUGUACAGAAAGAGUCAAGACCUUAGCACAACCAAUUACUCGUUGAUCACACUGAUCACCCACAUCUAACUCUACGUGGUGUUUUCAAUAAAUUAAAGGAACUAU